AUAACAGUAGAUCUUCAUCUGUCAAAUGAUUAUUGGUCAUAACUGCACAUAAAUAAGUUGCAAAGUCUCAAACAUCUAUCAAUAAUCUGCCUUUCAAAAAUCCUCUCUAAUUACUCCAUGGAACUCCAAUCUUCCUCCUUCCUCUCAAUCAUUCUACUAUGCUUCGUCUUCUUUAUUUCCAUGGCGAUGAAAAUAGGGAAGAGAUCCAAAUCGACCUCAAAACUACCUACCGGACCAUCAAAGCUACCUCUCGUAGGAAACCUUCACCAAAUGGUUGGCUCUCUACCCCACCAUGCUCUACGCGAUUUGGCGAAGAAGUAUGGACCAUUUAUGUAUCUACAACUUGGACAAGUUCCUACAAUUGUUGUUUCUUCAGCAGAGUACGCGAAAGAAGUAAUGAAAACACAUGACGUUAAUUUUGCCACAAGACCGUACAGACUUGCUGCAGAUAUCAUAUUCUAUAACUCUAAAAACGUUCUAUUCGCGCCAUAUGGAGAAUACUGGAGACAAAUACGUAAAAUCUGUACACUAGAAAUCUUUAGUAGAAGAAGGGUUCAAGCAACUCGACCAAUCAGAGAAGAAGAGGCAUUGGAGUUGAUUAAAUCCAUUUCUAUUAAGGCAAGGUCAAAAGUUAACCUCAGCCACAUGUUGACUUCUUUAGCAUUUGCAAUCACAUUGAAGGCAACAUUUGGUGAGAGUAGUGAGAGGCAUGGAGCAUUUGUUCCACUUGUAAAAGAAAUAAUGGAGGUUAUUGCAGGUUUCAGUCUAGCUGAUAUGUUCCCUUCUAUGAAAUUUUUUCAUAUGAUCAGUGGGAUGAGGACUCGACUUGAGAGCCUGCAUCAUAAAAUCGAUCCAAUACUUGAAAGCCUAAUCAAUGAACAUAGACUUCAUAGAACAAGAAUCGAUUCUAGUGAUGCCGAUAAUAUUUUAGACAUCCUCUUGAAUUUUCAGGAACAUGGAGAUUUCUCAUUUACAACAGACAACAUCAAAGCCGUUGUACUGGACAUUUUCUUGGCUGGGACUGAAUCAUCGGCUACAACUUUAGAAUGGGCAAUGUCAGAACUGCUAAAGAAUCCGAGAGUGAUGGCAAAGGCUCAAGCAGAGGUGAGGCAGGUCUUUGGUAAAAAAGGAUGUGUAGAUGAAGCAGGAUUGGAAGAACAAAAAUUCUUGACAGCUGUUAUCAAAGAAACUCUAAGGUUACACCCUCCAGGUGCAUUGUUAGGUCCAAGAGAAUGUCGAGAGACAUGUCUGAUUAAUGGAUAUGAGAUACCUAAAAAGACCCAGAUUAUCAUCAAUGCAUGGGCUAUUGGAAGAGAUCCCAACUACUGGAUUGAAGCAGAGAGAUUCUAUCCAGAGAGAUUCCUCAAUAGCUCAAUUGACUGUAAGGGGAAUAACUUUGAAUUUCUUCCAUUUGGUGCUGGAAGAAGGAUGUGUCCUGGAAUGUCAUUUGGGAUAGCUAACAUUGAGCUUCUGCUUGCGCAAUUACUAUACCAUUUUGAUUGGAAACUCCCUGAUAAUAUCAAAGAAGAAGAUCUAGACAUGACUGAAGGGUUUGCUAUAGUUGUUGGAAGAAAGACUGAUUUAGUCUUAAUCCCCAUUGCUUAUAAUUCCUCUGUCGUCGAGGAAAACGAGUGAUGUUCACCUAUACUACAAUAUUCUCGCUUGAUACAUUAUUACCUUGAGUUGGUCGUCAAGUCUAUGUUUAUGUUGGACUGUUGUGCUUUGAAUAAUCUCGCGAGAUUAUGAUGAGAUGCUAUUGGAUUGUGAUGUAAGGAAAGUUUAGUAGUUUUUAUAAUAAUUAGGAAACGUAGUUUAAUUAUUUCCUUAUCUUGUUAGAAGUCCUUAACUUGUUUGCAUGAGAUGUCUUUUUGAAGGAUGGCUUAUAUAAAAUUAAAAAGAAAAGAAAAGAAAGAUCACUUCUUAUAGAAAUGAUAGAGUUGGGGGCCGAUUACUGUUUACA